ACUUUCGGACAACUUUGAGAAACGAACCAUUCUUGCAGCUUUUCCAUUCUCUAUAUGUAUAUCCUUUAACUGUGAGCUUGAGUUGGAAAAGGAAUCUAUUCGUAAGAGUUGAGCUAAGAAAGAAUGAUGCAGAUGUUCGUAGACGAGCUAAAAUUGUUGAGUGAUACUUUGCACUAUGAUUUUUAAACUCGUCUUAUUGUUCUUUCUGUGCUACUGAUAUGACUAGGCAAUGUAUCCAAGGGAACCUGGUUUAUCCCUUCAGAAGUGGGCUCACACGCAAGUUGCUGUUGGUGUGGCCUGCUACCAUGAUGAAAUUAAAGCUUCUCUCCCUACUGUUUGGACACCAUUGCAUCACCUUCUAUUCACUUUCUUCCAUGUUGAUCUUCAAAUGAAACUAGAAGCUCCAAAACCAGUAGCUCUGUUCUUUUACUUGGCAGCUUACAUUAUUUGUUCUGCUACUGGAGUGAUUGGUAUGGUAGUUCAUGGUCACUUUCCUGGUUUAUGUUGUGGGUACUUGGAUGAUAUCAAUAGCUCAUCUGAGAUGUUAAGUGAAGAAAACAAUGAUCUGGGUGGUGACCAAGGUGAGGUUUUAGGUCUGAAUUUGAAGUCUCUGAAGAUUUUGUUGAAGCAAGGAGUCUUUAUUUGGGCAAUGCUUUGUUGUCUUCUAUUUUUCGCGUGCAAGAGAGUGCUUGCGGCGGAGGGAUUGGUGAAUGCAGAGUACGGAGUGAUCAAGGUUUCUUUGAUUCUUAAGAUUUUCAAAGAGCAAGGCGUGAUUCUGAUUGCACUUUUAGAUGCCAUUUUUGUCACUAGGGUGGUCAAUAUUGGAACAACUGCUUUAGUUACAAACACAGCAACGACAAUAUUUGGAGAAGCUGGUGUUGCUAUUUUCCAUCUUACUGGUAUCACUCCAAAAAGUAUAGCUGUUCACAAUCCCAAAGAGGGGGCUGGAUAUGUGGAUAUGAUUGAAACUGUAUUAGAAAUAAAGGAUACUCAUGUUAGAGAGGUCAUGACACCCCUUGUUGAUGUGGUUGCAACUGAUGCGAGUGCAACUCUUGUUGAUUUUAACCAUCCAUGGGUGACUCACCAAUAUUCAAGGGUACCCGUUUUUGAGCAACGUGUUGACAAUAUAGUUGGCCUUGCAUAUGCAAUGGAUGUACUUGAUUUUGCUCGGAAGGGUGAGCAACUUGAAAGUUCUACUAUGGGAGACAUGGCUCACAAACCUGCCUACUUUGUGCCUGGUAACCCUUGACUUUUUUUCUCUAGUUGAUAUUUUAAUGAUGUUCUUUGGGUUGAUACUUUCUAGCUUUUCAUGACACUAUCCAUUGGUUGAUUGAGGUAGUUGCAUAGGUUUUUUCUUUUUUUCUUUUUUAAUUGCUAUUACCCCAUUUUCUCACCUUAUUUUCCACAUUUUAUGUGAAGAUGCCAUUUCUUUUCUAACUUUUGUAAUUAAUGGAAGUGCAGAAGAUCCUGUUUCAUUAGACUUAUUUGUUGUUUUAGUAGUAGUUAUUGUCUAGGGGAAAAGAAAAUGGAAAAAAUAGAAUGCUUCAACUAUCUAUACAGUAUACAGUAAAAUUUAGAAAGUUGGUUUUGCAUAUUCAAUGUCAGUUUAGAAUCUUCUUAGAGUGUUUCUGAUGAAGAAGGUUCACAUGGCUGUUAAUGAAUAUGGUGGAACUGUUGAGGUCUGUGCAAAGCCUUUUAUUGAAUCUUUGCCUAAGCAGUAAUAUCUUGAAACAAUAAGGGACAACAUUUGUG